ACACAACGCGCCGGCGCAGUGAGAUCCACGUGGUUGAAGAGCAGUAUCUGAUUGAAAUGGAGGACUCAGAGAGGCAUAACGGAGCUUGCUCGCUUUUUACAUUUAGAUAGUUAGGUUUAUUAGCAACGUUUUAUAUUAUUGACUCUAUUAUAUUGUUUUGUUAAACUGCCAUUAUGGGAAAGUCAAAGACCAAAAACCAGAGGAAGUCACGUUUGAGUGCGAACCAUGUGGCGGAAGAGGUGUUCGGUGCGGUCCCUCACGUGUUUCACCGUGGCCAAGUCAGCAAGAAUGUCGGUCAGCUAGUGGAGAACAUGCGGCGCGUCGUGGAGCCCUUCACUGCAGAAUCCCCCUUAAGCAGGGCCACUGGGAGUGACACACGUCAUGAUCUUCACCAAGACGCCCAGCAGUGUCAACAUGGUAAAUAAGUCUGCAAACACCAGAGGCUUGCUCGGCUGCCUAAAGGCCCUAUGCUCCAUUUCCGGGUGACCAAAGUACUCCCUUAUUAAAGAUGUGGUCUCGUCACUGAAGAGGCACUGCUGGUCCUCAAUAACUUUGGCUCGGAGGGCAUGCAUGUCAAACUUAUGGCCACCAUGUUCCAAAACAUGUUCCCUUCCAUCAAUGUGCACAAGGUAGCCCUCAACGCCAUAAAGAGAUGUACAUUGCUGAACUACGAUCCAGUGUCUCAAGAAAUUGAAUUUCGCCAUUACAGCCUGAAAGUAGUCCCUGUGUGCAUGAGUAGAGGAGUGAAGAAGCUGAUGCAGGAAAAGUUCCCCAACAUGAGCAAGUUUGAGGACAUCAGUGAGCUGCUGAUGAAAGGGGCUAAUCUUUCAGAAAGUGAAGCAGAGCAAGAUGGAGAUCACAACAUAACGGAACUGCCACAGAUCUACUCCGGGCGUGGUAACAUGGCGUCUCAACAGAGCGCUGUGAGACUGACUGAGAUAGGCUCACGCAUCACCAUGCAGCUGGUGAAGAUCGAGGAGGGAAUGGGAGAGGGGAACAUUCUCUACCAUGCAGUCAUCUCCAAGACUGAGGAAGAGCUUCAGGAGAUCCUGGUCCGAAAAGAGGCGCAGAUGAAAGAAGAGCAGGAACGGAAGAAAAAACAAGAGCCGGAUGUUUCCCAAAAGAAAGCGUUACUGGAGGAGAACAAGAAAAGAAACAUGGCCGGCAUCAAGAGGAAGCGCCAGGAGGAGGAAGAGCAUGACCCUGAAGUGGAGGAUCCUGGGAACCAGGAUAACAGGCCCCCGGUUGUUGAAUCUGACGACGAGGCAGAGUACUACAGACAGGCUGUAGGGGAGGAGCCAGAUUAAGAUAUGUUCCCUGCAGCCAAGAGGAGGCAAAGACCUGAAAGGCCCUCAGGAGGACCCUUCAAGAAGAGGAAACCGUUCUCUGGCGACGACAGGAAAAACAAAUAUGGUUCCAAGUCACCUCAUAGGUCUGGUCCGAGAGGGAAACCCAGAGACCGAAUGGGGGGGUGGCGUGGACAGGAAAUGGGGAAAGCGAUUUAGGGAUGGGGGCAAAUCAUUUGGAAAGAUGUCACCGGGGGGGGCAAAAGGUUUGGAGGAAAGAAAUUUGGUGACAGGGAUAAAAGAUUUGGAGGGAAGUUUGGGGGGGGGCAAUAAAUUUGGGGGUGAUAGGGGUUCUAAGAUAAGGGCAAACCUCAUCCUGGUGGUUUCAAGAAGGGUUGAAGGAGGGCUUCAAACAGAGGAAGGGGAAGAGCUGAGCUUCAUAACCCUGGAUUGAUGCGCGCUGAGCGCUCUACCCUGGUAAAACAUCAGGUGGCAGUACGGACUCACGCUUGUGGUCACUGCAGUUUCUGAUCAACAUGAACAGAGGAAUUUAUUCCUUAAUGAAAGGACAUUGGUAUCGCCACAAGUCAGCUGGAGGACUGGAUGAAAAUGCAAUGAUGAAUUUUGUGCCUUGUGAACAUGUUUAUAAAAAAUAUUAUAAGCAUUGGCAAAUAAAUAGCUGAAUACAAGGUA